CGUCUUCUCCGGCGACCGGCGAGCUUUCUCUCCUCGACUCGCUCCCAUGGUCUCGCUCGCCGCCGUCCCAGCCUUCUUCCACUCGCCUGCCACGCGGAUUCCCGGGUAUACGAGCUCCAGGGCGGCUUAUCCGCAAUGCCGCCGUGGAGCGGAGGCGCGUCCUCGGGCGGCGGAGGCUGCGCAGGCGGCGCCCGCGGAGGAGGAGGAGAAGCCGUGGAGGUUCAGGUGGAACGGGCUCGGAUCCGACCUUUCUGAGCCCCAGGAGGAGGCGAUUCGCGGGCUGUCACCGAAGCUGCCUAACCGCUGCAGGGCGCUGAUGCCCCGCAUCGUGUCGCUGUCUCCCGGGGACGAGAACCUCGGCAUGGCCCUCGCGUUCUGGGCGAAGGCCAUGAAUCCCAGGAGGGUCGACUGGUUGCUGGUCCUCAAGGAACUCAAGGCUGUGGACAGCACUCUUCUCGCCGAGGUCCUAGAGUACGCACUGCUCGAGGACUCCUUCGAAGCAAAUGUGCGCGACUACACUAAAUUGGUACAAAUCUAUGGCAAGCAAAACCAAUUGCAGGAAGCCGAGAAAGCGUUCCGAGCUAUGAAAGCCAGAGGUCUACCCUGUGAUCAGAUCAUGCUGACUGCACUGGUGGACAUGUACAGCAAGGCGGGAGAUCUCACCCGCGCAAAGGAAGCAUUUGAAGACAUUGUGAUGCUUGGCCUACCGCUUGAUAAACGCGCAUACGGUUCGAUGAUCAUGGCUUACAUCAGGGCUGACAAGUUAGGCCAAGCAGAAGAUUUGAUCAAACAAACGGAGGACCAGGAGAUCUUCGCAGGAAAAGAAGUUUACAAGGCACUACUGAGAGCCUACUCAUACAAAGGUGAUUCAGAUGGGGCACAGAGAGUUUUCGACGCCGUACAAUUCGCAGGAACGGCGCCUGACACGAAGCUCUGUGCUCUCCUGGUGAACGCUUACUGCCUCUCCAACAAGAUCGAUGAGGCCAUCUGCGUAACCGGGAACAUGAGAAGUGCUGGACUAGAACCAUGUGACAGGUGUGUCGUCUUGAUACUGGGCGCAUAUGAGAAGGCCAACAGGCUGGAAGGAGCACUGGAAUUUCUGGCAGAGAUUGAAGAGAAUGGUGCCGUAAUCGGCCAAGAGCCCUCGCAGCUGCUCGCGGGAUGGUUCGGAAGGCUUGGAGUGGUUCAUGAAGUGGAACAGGUGCUGAAGGGAGGGAGGAAUAGUAAGGAGAACAGACACAGUUCUUCGGUCCAGAAAGAUGGAAGAAACAGCAGGAAGAGCAAACAGAGUGUUUCAGUCCAGAAGGAAGGGAGAAAGAGCAGGAGGAGCAAACGCAUUAGUAUUCCAUUGCCACUCCAACAGAAUUAAUUUUCAAGCUCUCCACCAAAAAAAUUAGUGAUUUUCUAGCUGUAUUAGCAUUAUUGAGAGAUUGGUACGGAGUAACAUAUUUGCCAGAAAUCACAGGGCAAUAAUAAAUACUCCCUGACCAAAAGAGGCAAGAGCUAUGUGAUUGAGUGGUGUACCACUGUACCUGAACCAUUUCUGAAGUUUAGUUUUGCUGCUAACUUCAGUGCAGGAGAGGCAGAGCUAUUUUCAAGUGCCAAUCAAAAAAGCUUGGUUCAAGAAAUGAAAAUUCCAAGCCACUGUAGUAUAACUCAGUCAUGAUUCACAAAACCACAAAAGAGAAGGUCAGUAGCUGAACCGCUUCAAUACAUGCUCUUCUAUACUAUGGACCUCAAAAAUAUGAUGAGCACCACCCAUGGGUGACCACAUAGAUCCAGGGUUGUACAUAAACUAGAUACUGCUAGAUUUUAAUUCCAUUUAGCAACACUCGGAGGUACUGGCCAAUACUAAUUGUCGGUUUUUGAGUUCCUUUU